UAAUUACUUCUCUCACACAUACGGCGACGCCGCAGGCCGUACUUAGUCAUGGGCGUGGCGUUGAGGAAGGUCGCCGCUCUACCAGCGCUGGGGUGGUGGCUCCUGGUGGUCGGCGCCGUCCGCCUCGGCUUUGCCUGGUCCGGCUUCUUCAACGCGCGGGCUGUCCGCGCCGGCGGCUACUCCAACACGCACGUGACUGAUGUGCACGGCCGCACCGUCGGGGCGUGGACGCUCCUGUCGUGCACGCUCUGCUUCAUGUGCGCCUUCAACCUCGACAACGCGCCGUUCUGCGCGGCGACUCUCUUGUCCUUCAUCUACGCCUAUGGCUACUUCGUCUUGGAAUACCUGGUUCACGGUACCACGACCGCGGCGAGCCUCGGCACCCUCGGCAUCUUUGCAGUCCCGUCGAUCAUCUGGAUGGUGAUCCACUGGAGGCAGCAACUUCUUCGCCAACGCGCUGCCAAGCAGUCAUGAGCUAGCCUGGUCGACAGCUGCCUCGCCAUCGUCAGUCAACCAAGUCUUGCGCCCUUCGCCAUUGAAUAAAUAUCGCUGCAAUUCCGCUACUUCUUUUUCCUCUCUUUUGUCAUGCAUGUGUCACAUUCUGACUAGAUCCAUGAAUGA